AUGAAAAUCUCAUUUUUCAGGCCGAUGCAAACCGGAGAACAGGUCACAUUGAUCUUUGCUGUUUUCACUGCCAUAAUCACUCUGGUUGUAGUGAUUUACUACAAAUUCUGUAAGCCAAAUCCAUACACAAGCUCUAGAUCUGUGCUGUUGAAGGCUUCCCUCGGCCUCUUGGAUCUUCGUGCUCCUAUCCGAGUGAUUCUUGUCGGGUUAUUUGCAUCCAUUGCUCUCAUGACUUCUCUACCACGUUUUCAAACGGGUGAAAUUAUCACUUUCUACAUGCUGGGAUUCACCAUCCUCAUGACGGUUUCCGUUGUCGUUUACUACAAAUACGUCGCGCAAAGUAAUCUAUCUGGUCGAUCGAUGAGCGGUUUGGUGUGUCGAAGUGGACGAUCGCAAAAGUCGAACAAAUGCGAUGAGCUUAUGGAUCGGUUUGUCCGUCGACGUAAAUCCUAA